AUGGCGGAGGAAGAUGCUGAGAUAGCUCUCUUGCAUCAGAUGCAGGCGGGGCAAGAUAGUGUGGCGUGGGAGAAUGAUGGUACAAAUGGGGACGCAGAGGGCGAACUACCUUCAAAUACUGAGCAUAACAACCAUCAAGUCAAAAAAGAAGCUGUUGCAGAUGAUCAAGUUCUUCGUGCUUUAUCUCCUUCAGACGUUGGUGUUGUUCUCGAUGAUGGCGAAUAUGACCCAUCUUCUGUUACUUCACUUCCAGCAGUUGCGAUUCCAGGAGAAGACGGUUCAAGAUCCAGUUCGCGCGCAUCAAACCGCAAGCGGAAAACAGUUGGGGGCUUCAUUGCGGAUGAUUCUGAUGAGGAGACCGACAGCUCUACAGGUUCAAACAGUCUCCUACAGCCACCGCCAUCUAAUACUAAACGCGCCCCUUCCCCAUUGCAAACCUCUGUCAGCCAACAAGAUUUGCAAGGUACUCCGGAGAAUCGAGGUGAUUCAACGGCCAUCUCCCAAUCUUCGCAUGCUCUCUCUGUGAAUCCAAGCCCUGCAGGUUUGCCUUCUGUGCAAGCUUCAGCAACUCAGGUACUCACUUCCGCAGGUACAUCAGCGCAAGGGGUCUCUGUCCCGAAAGCCCGCCUCCCAAAUGACCGAACAGGUAUUCUCGAAGACAAGAUCAAGGAGGACCCUCGAGGGGCUCUGGAUUCAUGGCUGGCACUCAUCAGCGAAUUCAAGAAUCGGAACAAACUUGACGAGGCUCGGGCAGUAUAUGAGAGAUUUUUCAAAGUCUUUCCUCAAGCAGCCGAAAUAUGGGUCGAUUACGCUGAUAUGGAACUUGAGAACGACAACCGAAGUGCAGCUGAGCAGAUAUUCGGCAAGUCUUUGCUGACCGUACCCAAUGUCCAGCUCUGGUCCGUUUACUUGAACUACAUUCGACGAGUGAACGACCUCACAAAUGAUGUUACUGGAAGUGCUCGACAAACGAUUUCCCAGUCAUAUGACUUCGUUCUCGCUAACAUCGGCUCUGACCGGGAUUCUGGCAAGAUUUGGGCUGAGUACAUACAAUUCAUCCGUAGUGCACCUGGUCAAAUUGGAGGCAGCAGCUGGCAAGAUCAACAGAAAAUGGAUCAACUUCGAAAGGCAUAUCAACGUGCCAUUUGUGUCCCCAUGUCAACCGUGAACAAUUUAUGGAAGGAGUAUGAUCAGUUCGAGAUGAGUUUGAACAAGAUGACUGGUCGGAAAUUCCUUCAAGAAAAGUCGCCUGGAUACAUGUCGGCCAGAAGUGCCAAUACAGCAAUGGACAACAUUACUCGAGGUUUGGUUAGAACUACUCUACCGGUGUUGCCACCUACACAUGGUUUUGAUGGCGACGUAGAAUAUACCCAGCAGGUUGAGUUGUGGAAAAAAUGGUUGUCGUGGGAGCAGGAUGAUCCAUUAGUCUUGAAGACAGAUGAGCCCGAAGCCUAUAAACAGCGAGUACUAUACUUAUACAAGCAGGCAGUGAUGGCUUUGAGAUUUUGGCCCGAAAUAUGGGUCGAUGCUGCAGAGUGGUGCUUCAGCAAUGGUCUCGACAAAGAUGGGGACACCUUUCUGAAUGACGGUAUCACCGCUAAUCCUGAAAGCUGUUUGCUUGCUUUCAAGAGAGCCGAUCGCCUUGAAACUACCUUGACAACGGAUGCGGCUAGUAAAGGCCCAGCUGAACAAGGUGCAGUUGUUCGAGCGCCUUUCGACAAGCUUCUCGAUACCUUGUAUGACUUUAUCAAGCAGCUGAAGGUCCGAGAGGCUGCAGACCUCGUCAAGCUGGAUGAGUCUAUAGCUUUGGAUGCGUCAAUCAGUGCUAUCGUUAGCAAAGCCGAGGAUGACGAUGAAGAGGAUGAGACGGAGAAGAAGGCCCGGGAAGCCGAUAAAGCAAAGAAGACAAAGGUCAUUCAACUAGGCUAUUCGAGCCAAGCUCAACUCAUCUCUCGAACCAUCUCAUUUGCUUGGAUUGCAUUGAUGCGAGCUAUGCGUCGUGUCCAAGGCAAGGGUGCGGUUAAGGACACAAUUGGCGGGUCCAGACAAAUCUUUGCUGAUGCACGUGCUCGCGGCAAGAUCACUAGUGAUGUCUAUGUCGCCAGCGCUUUGAUAGAACAUCAUGUCUACAAGGACCCUGCAGGUACCAAAAUCUUCGAACGUGGUGCAAAGCUGUUUCCAGAGGAUGAGGUAUUCAUUUUGGAGUAUUUGAAGCACUUGCUAUCAAUUGGUGAUACAACAAAUGCCCGUGUUGCUUUUGAGACAGCUGUUACUAAACUUACGAAGAAGCCGGAAUCGGUGGUAAAGGCAAAGCCACUUUACUCUUACUUUCAUAAAUACGAAUCGCAGUAUGGAGAAUUAUCGCAGAUUCGGAAACUAGAACAGCGGAUGGCGGAGCUGUAUCCCGAAGAUCGAAAGCUGUUCCACUUCGCAUCAAGAUUUAGUGGGGAAGGCUUUGAUCCCACUGCAGUUCGGCCGAUUGUCUCGCCAACGACUCAGAUGCGCCAAAAAUCUACUACCGUCAUGCCGUCAAUUGAGCCAUACGAAGCCCAGAACAGUCCACGCCCAAAUUUCGUUCAAGAAGCUAGCCCAAGACCACAAUACGUACAAACAACCAACACGACAAACUCUCCAAAGCGUCCCUUCCCCGUCGAGGACAUGGAUGACUUCAAUCGCCCCCGAAAGCUUGCAAGAGGCGAGUCCCCGCUAAAGGGAGCUGCAGGUAGACGUUUAGAUCAGCAGAAGCGAUUACAUGGUACUCCGAACUGGCAGUCUAGUGCACCUCCAUUCGUAGUACCACGAGACAUCACAUUCCUUCUCAGCAUCAUUCCCCGAGCCGAUCUAUACCAAUCAACAAAAUUCAACGCUGAUGCCUUGGUUCGCCUGUUGGGUGAGACACAUGUGCCAGAUCACAGCUCAUGGAAAGCUUCGCAGAAUCAGCCGCAGCGUUAUGAUGGUAGGACUGCCAGUCAUACUCAACGUCCCCAGUCGCGGGAUCAGAGUACCUCUUAUACCUCGUAUACCGGUCAAGAUGACAGGCAUACAUACAAUCCGCCUCCUGCGAACCCUCCUAGCAAUGUUCCAGCUCCAGUUGCAACUUACUCUGGUUAUGGUGGUGCUCCAGGCUAUGCUGCGCCUCCUGCUGCAAGCUAUGCUCCAGGUUACAAUCCUCCUCAAUCUCCCUGGCCAAACCAGGUUCCUCCGAAUAUGUAUCAGCAACAGCCAGACUCCAGUAGAUCAUCUGGCUAUUAUGGUACAAGUGGUGGUGGUGGUGCUCCUGGUACGGAAAAUCGAGACUGGCAGCCUUCCCAAGCCCCUUCUUUGUCGGGUGCGGCGAGCUGGUAUUGGAAUCCGAACGCUAAUCAAACUGCGCCAGGCUACCCUCCUUACGGACGAUAA